UUGCCUUUCUUAUAUCUUGUUAAUUCUUACGAUUGUGAUUAAUUUUAUUUUAAAGAAUUAUAAAUACGCUUUGUAGCUUGUGACACUCAACACUUGUAGAGUUGAACUGACAAAAGAAUUCCGCAGACGCUUGAUCUAGGAAGAGAUUCUCACUGCCAGUCGUUCCCACCAAAUCCUCUGAUUGAUUGUGCGUAAUCGUCGAAGAAUAGUGUCGUAUUUAUACACACGCGAAUUUAAAAAUAUUAAUCUUAUAUGAUUUUUUAUAACAAAAGUGGUAGAAAGUUUAAAAAUCGUGUAUAUUUAUAUAGUGGUAUCAAAGUGGUGGGCAGUUUGGUUAUGCCAAUAUCAAAUUAACGAGGAUACGACAAUCUGGCUAUAGUUUCAAAGCAGUACAUACGUGUAUAUCAACUAAAAAGAAACCUUUGUUUUGGAAACGCAUAUUAUUUUUAUCAAAACUGGUACAAUGGCAGAGUCGAAAAUCCCGAAGAAAAAGAUUAAAUUAGGAUCUUCUAUUAACGAUUCCGGAAUUGAGGAAGUUGAUUAUGAUACCACAGAGUUGCAUGCUUCAGAAGCACCUGAUGAGGUUAUUGAUGAUAGCAACGAAGAUAGUGAUAACGAAGAUCCUUCGGUUCAAACACAAUAUCAAGAAGCUGGAGAAUCCAAUCCAUCUCAAUCCAUUAUUGGAAGAGCUAAAAUUCGUUUUUCUGAUGACUUCGAAAAAGAUACUUCCAUAAAUUUUACAAUUAAUUUUUUGACUCUUUGGGAUUUUAAGGAUUACAUUACUUUAUUUAAAGAACACAAUAUAAACAAGGAAAGGUUUCUUUCACUGGGGGAAAAAUCAGAAGUUCUUUCUGAUAUCAAUGAUAGUAAUGACGUUAAAAGAAUUCUGAAGAAGAAAAUGACUUUGCUAGAUUAUUUGAAACGUCCAGAUUACAUACGAGCAGAUGAAGUUGGAUACACUCUGGCGAAAUUUUUAAAACGAGAUCCAAAGAGAAAAAUAUGGUUGGAAUCUCCACUUACCAGGGAAGUGAAAAAGAACUUGAGUAAAUUUAUUGUGGAUAAUAUUCUACACACGCAAUUGCGGCGAGCCACUCCAAUUAAACCCCAUGAACUACGCUUCUGGGCUGCCGAAAUUUGUGAAGUAUGGAAAAAUGCCGAUCCUUGGGAAUGGUAUAAACCAUAUAUCUUUAGUGGAUCGAAAAAAAAAAUCAAGGUCGAUUAUUUGAAGCAUCUAAAAGUUUUAAUGAAAAAAUCGGCAAAGUAAUCAAGAAGGUUAAAAAUGACAAACAAGCAAAAAGGUUAAAUAAUUUAGAAAAAGAAAUGAAUAAACAGAUGGCAAUUAUUGAGCAAAGUAUAGCGAUUAACCAAGAUGUUUUGAAUCGCUGGAAUCAAACAAGAGCCUUCCGUAUGGAGGCAAAAGUACGCUUUUGUACUAUAUUUCAUACAAGCAAGUUUUUUUCAAAUAUUGAUCAUCUAAAGGCAGUAUUGCAAGAAGAUUUUCAAUUUAUUGCAAAAAAAAGUUUCCCAGAAAACUAUUUAUCAGAUUUAUGGGAAAAAUUAUCAUGCCAUAUCAUGUCGUUAGAUAUCAAAAUACCAGAUAUUAUUCAGAACAAUCAAAACAAAUUGGAUACAUUGCAACAUUGCACUAUGGAAAUGAAAAAAGAUUUCGCCUGGGAGUUACUUUCGUAUAAAAUGUUACCAACUAUGAAUUGUAGAAUGAAUGCAAAAGGUAAGGCUGAACGAUUCAGACCCUCUAGGUUUGAGGCAGCAAAAUCCUUCAUCCGAUACAUAGAAAAUGAAUCUAGUUUGGUAACCACAAUAAGUGAUCAUAAUAGUCAAUUUGAAAAGUUACGUUUACCAAUAAAUCCGUAUAUUAUUGCCAUUAAAAAAGGAUUUCAAGUAUUGAAAGCAAUCACAAUUGUUGAUGGUAAAAGGUAUCAAUGCAAAACUUUGACGGAAGCAGUAGAUCUAGCAUUUAAAUUUUAUGUAGUUGAAGAUCGUGAAUACUGCAAAAAAAGCCAGUGUGUAUGGCGAUUUAUUGAUGAAUAUUUAUAUAAAAUAACUAAAAACAAAUCAGCACAAUUAGCUCCAGUUACUUAUUUAAUAGGAAAGUUAGAAGAACAAUUACAGAAUCAAGAA